AUGUCCAUCCACGAGAAGACGAGCCAAGAACACCUCGAACACACCAAGUCUGCAGAUGACAUUGACCGCCAUCUCGCAGUCCAAGUUCCCGCUUCAUUACAGGGCUUGAGCGUGGAAGAAGUCGAGGCGAUUGACAAGCGUGCUACCCGAAAGCUGGAUUUGUUGCUGAUGCCCGUCCUAUUGGUGCUCUAUGUUCUAAAUUAUCUGGAUAGACAGAACAUCUCUUCGGCAAAAAUCGCUGGAAUCAUGGACAGUCUCAGUCUGACUACCACGCAGUACAAUACCUGCGUAGCUGUCCUUUUUGCAGGGUAUGUCAGUCUUCAGAUCUUUAGCAACAUCCUCGCUUCCAAGAUCAAGUACCCCGGCAUCUAUAUCUGCUUGAUGUGCGCUUUGUGGGGCGUCAUCUCUGGAUGUACGGGUGCUGUGCAGUCAUACGCUGGUCUUGCCGUGUGCAGAGUCUUCUUGGGUUUUGCAGAGAGCGCCUUUUUCCCCGGUGCUGUCUAUCUCAACUCUGUGUUUUACACCAAAAAGCAAAUGGCUUUGCGCACUGCCAUCUUGUACUCCGGAAGCCAGAUCGGAAAUGCAUUCGGUGGAUUAUUUGCCCUCGCUAUCCUCCAGCUUGACGGUGCUCAAGGUCUUGAAGGCUGGCGCUGGCUAUUCAUUGUCGAAGGCAUCAUCACUGUCGGUCUCGCCCUAGUAUUCGCCACCUUCAUCCCCAACACCCCACUCACCCUCCGCUGGCUCACAGCGCAAGAAAAAGACCAGCUCCACUACCGACUUGAAGUCGACCGUGCGUCUAAGGAUGCGACGGACGAGGUGACGACGUGGGAUGCGUUUAAGAUGGCGACGGCGGAUCCAAAGACGUGGUUGCUUUGUACUGUGCUGCAUUUCAACUAUGUCGCGGCUUCAGUGACGAACUUCUUCCCUGUCGUCGUCCAAGGUCUAGGUUUUGACCGCACAACUACCCUCGCCAUCACCUGUCCCCCCUACGUGCUCUGCUGCUUUGCCAUCCUGAUCAUUGGCUGGCACUCUGACAAGAAGAACGAACGUACUCUCCACAUCAUCUGCCCUUUCAUCAUCACCAUCAUCGCCAACAUCAUUGCCAUUUCGACAACCAAGACGGCACCGCGAUAUGUGGCGAUGUGUUUGUUGCCCGCCUCAUUCUAUGGAGCGACAUGUUGUGUGCUUUCGUGGAUUAGUGCGAGUAUCACGGGACCGGCGGUGAAGAGGGCUAUCGCUAUUGCUAUUAUCAAUUCUAUAUGCAACAUCCCAAACAUCUGGACAUCCUACCUCUACUUCAAGUCCCCACAAUACGUCGCCGCCUUCGGCGUCGACCUCGCUGCCAGUGUCCUCACUAUCAUUUUUGCCGCUUGGACGUACAUGUAUCUCAAAAGACAGAACAGCAAGAUGGAAGAAGGGGCGGCGUUGCCAAAGUCGGGGCCGACGGCGUUGCAGGUGGAGAGUGGGUUCAGGUAUCAGCUAUAG